AUGGCCCCUUUCAAAGUCAUUAUUGUUGGUGCUGGGCUUAGUGGAAGCCUUCUAGCAAACGGGCUCAUUCGCCACGACAUCGACGUCGCUGUCUAUGAACGACUAGACAGACAUAUCAAGCGCGAAGGAUAUCAGAUCAGAAUGGGAGGAAAUGCACUAGCUGGCUUCCGUGAAUGCCUGGACAAGGACCUAAUCCACAGCAUUGUGUCGAAAUUUGGCAAAUCGGGCGGCAGGAUCUCUUCUGCUCCCGUCAUCUAUGGCAGCAACUUCAAGCCGAUUUUGGACUUCACCAAGUUUCCAGUCUACAGCAAAUCAGCUCCGAUUAACCGUGUCAUUCUCCGCGAUGCACUCGCCGACCCCGUCUAUGAUGCAGGCAAGCUUCAGUACAACAAGGAAUUCGAAAGAUAUGAAAUCAUUCAAGACAAGGGGAGGGAGUUGGUCCAAGUUUGGUUCAAGGAUGGUUCCUCAGACACGGGUGACAUACUGAUUGGAGCUGAUGGAAGCCAUUCCAGACAGAUCAACAAACAACUCGGCCUAGAUAACAUUCGACCACUCAAAACACACACCAACCUUGUGCUGAAAACUGAUCUGCCGACAUCAAGAUAUCUGAAAAUGACGCCCGAGCUGCAUCAGACGCCCGUCCUAACAUUUGCGGACAACAAGUCCAUGUACUUUUGCGCAUAUCUCCCAGAGCGUAGACCAGACGAGGGAGAACAAUCUAAGCCGGAAGUCGACUUCGAUGACACUCUUUCGUCCUGUAUGUUUGGACUCUUCGUGCCUACCAAUACUGUUCCCGAAGGCCUGGCUACCAUGCCUGCGGAACAGCAAUGGGAAUUCUGCCGAAGUAGCGUGAAGGAUUGGGCACCGCAAUUUCAUGAGAUCCUAGACCUCAUCAAGGGGACAAGCUUCUACGCAUACACGCCUAGGACGAAACUCUGGGCCAUCCACGUGUCUGGCUAA